AUGCAAGAUCAAGAGAAGAAGGACAUAGGACUCAUAGGUAUAGAAGAUGUCCAUGCCAAACCUCUAGGGUUAAGAUGCAAAAGCCUCGAACCGGAGUCCGACGGAGAGGGGGCAGAUGAUGAGACUGGAGGGUCGGGUGCUGAAAAACCCAAGAAGGUCAAGACGGGGACCGAGAACGGCACUAAAGGUGUGGAAGGACACUUCGCGCGUCCGACUAGUCCGUCCACAGGCCUAGACUAG